GGUACUCAGUGCCCAAAGCAGCCCCUUUCUGCCAGCUGACCCCCACCUCUUCAGCCCCUCAGGGGGCCAAGCUGUGGCGAAUGACUAAGGCAUCACCUCAGGCAGGGCCUUACCUGGGCAGGGCAGGGCUGCAGGUGAGUCUGUGGCCUGUGGCUCGAAGGCUCAUGCAUGUGACCUCAGUGGCGUCCCCAGGCCUCAGGUUUGGGUUGUAGUGACCACAGUGGAGCCUUGGCCAGGUUCUCUCUGGCCAUGCUCUGCGGUCAUGUGGGUUAUCGUCACUGGCUAGGGCACACAUGAGGCCAGGAAGAGCACACAUUCUCACACUGGCCAGGAACCCCCACCCAGAGGCGGGAAAGGAAGGUGGGCGCUAGGCUGCUCCUCCGCCUCUGUAGGAGGGCGCUGAGCCCCGGGUUUCCUGUGUGCUGAGUCAGAGCUCCCAGGGCGGGAGGCCGCCAGCAGUGAGGCGAGACGGGGCUGCAGGUGGGUGUCUAGUCCUUCCGCCAGUCCCCAGGACCCUUGUCUUCUGCCCUCAGGCCAGUCCAGGGCUACCCAGGAUGGGGCCACUGGUCACCUCAGCCCCUCCUGCCCUCUGGGUCCUAGGGUGCCUCACCCUGCUCCUCUGGCUGUGGGUGCUGUGCGCCGCCUGCCACAGGAAGCAGGCUCAGAGGCAGCCAGCAGGGCUGCAGGGUACCAUGAUGCCAGCGGAAAUGGUGAGUGCCAGGCUGUUCCUGGGGCCAGGUCGGGGCCAGCGGGAACUGACUUGCCUUCCUUGCCCCCAGUCACUGCUGAGACAGCCUCCCCUCUGCAUCCUCAGCAAGUCAGACACCAGACUGCAUGAGCUGCACCAGGGCCCGCUCCACCGCACAGCCCCUCGGCCUGCCAGCAUGGAUCUCCUGCGCCUACAAUGUCUGGAGGUGUCUAGAGACACCACCAGGCCCCCAGCCGCCUUCUCACACCAGGAUCUGCCCCAGACCUCACCUACUGCUGCUGCCCAGCCCUCCACGGGCCCUGAGGCCACCUAUUCCAAUGUGGGGCUGGCAGCCAUCCCCAGGGCCAGCCUGGCAGCCAGCCCCGUGGUGUGGGCAGGGGCAGGGCUGACCAGCAGCUGUGCCAGAGACGAGCCUGAGGCCAGAUCGGUGGUGGCUGAGUAUGCUUGUAUCCACAAGCUCAAGGGAACAGGUCGGGGUCCCCAAGGCCUGGACCAGGGGAAGGCCCAGGGGACCCCAGCCACUCAGGUGGAUACCCUAUACUCCAGGAUCAGCAAGCCUAAAAGGAGGGCCCCAGGAUCUGCCCUAGACCAGCCGGACCCCAAAGGCAGAGUGGCAAUUCUGACUUGGGGGAGGAAUCUGGACUAUGAGGCCCUCCCACUCAGUGGCCUGAGUACCCACAGCGACCUGGAAAACGUGUAUGAGAGCAUCCAGGAGAUGGGGGCUCAAGCCAGCAGCCUGCAGCUCGAGCUAACAGAUCAGACAUGAAGGCCUCCUGCUUCUCCUGCCUCAGCCUGCGGGGCUCAGCGACACAGGGGUCUCCAACCCUUCCCUGCCCUAGCACCCAAGUACAGACGUUUCUUCUUCCAGCGCCCCUCUUCCCUCACGGUCCCCCGCAGAGGGCAGCCUGAGAGCGUCUGGGGUCCUGGCUGCCCUGGCCUCUCCUGCCAGCGUCUUAAUAAAUGCCCAGCGCAGGGAGGAUGAACGCC